AUGGAAUCCCUAGCCGCCGCCUCCUCCGUGUUCUCCCCCUCCCGCGUCGCCGCCCCGGCGGCGGGGGCACAGGUUAGGGCGGGGGCGGUGGUGGCAGCCAGGAUGAGGAGGGGGAGGAGCGGCGGCCUGAGGUGCCGCGCCGUCGUGGCGCCGCAGGCGAGCGCGGUGGUGAGCAGGAGCGCCGUGGCGGCGAAGGCGGCGGAGGAGGACAGGAAGCGGUUCUUCGAGGCGGCGGCGCGGGGGAGCGGGAAGGGCAACCUGGUGCCCAUGUGGGAGUGCAUCGUGUCGGACCACCUCACCCCCGUGCUCGCCUACCGCUGCCUCGUCCCGGAGGACAACGUCGACGCCCCGAGCUUCCUCUUCGAGUCCGUCGAGCAGGGGCCGCAGGGCACCACCAACGUCGGCCGCUACAGCAUGGUGGGAGCCCACCCAGUGAUGGAGAUAGUGGCCAAAGAGCACAAGGUCACGAUCAUGGACCACGAGAAGGGCCAGGUCACGGAGCAGGUCGUGGACGAUCCUAUGCAGGUGCCCAGGAGCAUGAUGGAGGGAUGGCACCCACAGCAGAUCGACGAGCUCCCUGAAUCCUUCUCCGGCGGAUGGGUCGGUUUCUUUUCCUAUGAUACGGUUCGGUAUGUUGAGAAGAAGAAGCUACCAUUCUCUGGUGCUCCUCAGGAUGAUAGGAACCUUCCUGAUGUGCACUUAGGGCUCUACGAUGAUGUUCUUGUCUUCGACAAUGUUGAGAAGAAAGUGUAUGUCAUCCAUUGGGUAAAUGUGGACCGGCACGCAUCAGUUGAGGAAGCAUACCAAGAUGGCAGAUCCCGGCUGGACCUGUUGCUAUCCAAAGUGCACAAUUCUAAUGUCCCCACACUCUCUCCUGGAUUUGUGAAGCUACACACUCGCCAGUUUGGUACACCUUUGAAUAAGUCGACCAUGACAAGUGAUCAGUACAAGAAUGCUGUCAUGCAGGCUAAGGAGCAUAUUAUGGCUGGGGACAUCUUCCAGAUCGUUUUAAGCCAGAGGUUCGAGAGGCGAACAUAUGCCAACCCGUUUGAGGUUUAUCGAGCAUUACGAAUUGUGAACCCUAGCCCAUACAUGGCUUAUGUACAGGCAAGAGGCUGUGUCCUAGUUGCAUCUAGCCCUGAAAUUCUUACACGAGUCAGUAAGGGGAAGAUUAUUAAUCGACCACUAGCUGGGACUGUUCGAAGGGGCAAGACAGAGAAGGAAGAUCAAAUGCAAGAGCAACAGCUACUAAGUGAUGAAAAACAGUGUGCUGAGCACAUUAUGCUUGUAGACUUGGGAAGAAAUGAUGUUGGCAAGGUCUCCAAAUCUGGAUCAGUAAAGGUGGAAAAGUUAAUGAACAUUGAGCGAUACUCCCAUGUUAUGCACAUCAGCUCCACGGUUAGCGGACAGUUGGAUGAUCAUCUCCAGAGCUGGGAUGCCCUGAGAGCUGCAUUGCCUGUGGGAACAGUCAGUGGAGCACCAAAGGUGAAAGCCAUGGAGUUGAUAGAUGAGUUGGAAGUCACAAGGAGAGGACCAUAUAGUGGUGGUUUAGGAGGGAUAUCGUUUGAUGGUGAUAUGCAAAUCGCACUAGCUCUUCGCACCAUUGUAUUCUCAACAGCGCCAAGCCACAACACGAUGUACUCGUACAAAGCUGCUGAUAGGCGUCGGGAGUGGGUUGCUCAUCUUCAGGCUGGAGCGGGCAUUGUUGCUGACAGUAGCCCAGAUGAUGAACAGCGUGAAUGCGAGAAUAAGGCUGCAGCAUUAGCUCGGGCUAUCGAUCUUGCAGAGUCAGCUUUUGUAGACAAAGAAUAG